UGUCUUCCAAAAGAGAGGGUUUUACACAAACAAAAACAGGGUUUCCACCAAACCCUAAAAAACACACACACACACACUCACCAAAACAAUGGAAACCGGACUCCAAUCAUACCAACGUUUCCCCAAAAUCAAAAUCCGCGAACUCAAAGACGACUACGCGAAAUUCGAGCUACGAAACACCGACGCCUCAAUGGCAAACGCGCUCCGGCGCGUGAUGAUUUCCGAAGUCCCAACAAUCGCAAUCGAUUUAGUCGAAAUCGAAGUCAACUCCUCCGUCCUUAACGACGAGUUUAUCGCGCAUCGUUUAGGUUUAAUCCCAUUGACAAGUGAGAGAGCAAUGAGCAUGCGGUUCUCACGUGACUGCGACGCGUGUGACGGAGACGGGCAGUGUGAGUUUUGUUCAGUUGAGUUUCAUUUGAGAGCAAAAUGUAUUAAUGAUCAGACUCUUGAUGUUACUAGUAAGGAUUUGUAUAGCUCUGAUCAUACUGUUGUCCCUGUCGAUUUUUCGGAGUCCGGUGGCUCGGCUUUCGAAAACGCCGAAGAUUCGAGGGGCAUCACAAUUGUAAAGCUGCGCAAAGGGCAAGAACUGAGGCUAAGAGCAAUUGCUCGUAAGGGAAUUGGAAAAGAUCAUGCCAAAUGGUCACCUGCUGCAACUGUCACUUUCAUGUAUGAGCCUGAGAUCCACAUUAAUGAAGAAAUGAUGGAAACUCUAUCACUUGAGGAGAAGACCAGUAUCGUGGAUAGUAGCCCUACCAAAGUCUUUGGCAUAAAUCCCCAAACCGGGCAGGUCGUAGUGGUGGAUCCUGAGGCAUACACAUAUGAUGAUGAAGUGCUGAAGAAAGUGGAAGCCAUGGGGAAACCAGGUCUUGUGGAAAUCUAUGCUAAAGAAGAUAGUUUUAUCUUCACUGUCGAAUCCACUGGUGCUGUCAAGGCAUCUCAGUUGGUGCUUAAUGCAAUUGACGUCCUAAAACAGAAGCUUGAUGCAGUUCGCCUGUUGGAGGAAUCUCUGGAAGCUGAUGACCAGUUUGGGGAAUUAGGUGCUCAUAUGCGAGGAGGUUGACCAUUUUGUUGUGUUAAGUGUGGUUAUCCUGUGCGAAAACUUUCAAGAAAGCACUUUUAUCUGCUUGCAAUUCUGUUGUCUGCUAAAUUAUUCUGUUAGUGGUAGGUUUAAUGUACUCACUAAUUAUCUAGAAUGAAUGAAUGAUGACUGUUUCUCAUGCUUUUUGGGUGUGAGUAGCUCUUUGGUAUGGAAUGUAGAUUUUAUCUUUAA